AUGUUGAACCUUUUCUACCUAAUAAUCUAGAUAGCUGUCAAAUUCUUUUCUAUGAUCUUGAGCAAUAUGACGAAGAUGCAGUUAGACCAUCUACAAAAGAGGAGUUAGAUAAAAAUGAAAAGAUAUCAGAACCUGAAACUAGCCCUGGAUCUAGAAUACAAUUCUUUAGAAAAAAUAAUAAAUCUAAAAAUUUGAUUAAUAAAGAAUUUAGUCGCUUAGAAGAAAUUACUGAUAAACAAAAAAAAAGAUCUAGAAUUUAG